CUGCAAUGUACACUUAAGGUGUAAUUCUUCAUUUUUUACUCAAAGGGCCGCUGUUUAUCAAGGAAGCUUUAAUUUUGCGCUUUCAUGUCCCGUACCCACCCCUAGCAAACCUCAGACCAGAGAGAGAAAGGCUUCUCUGUAGGAUGGUAUUUGCGCACACACUGUUGAACAUUUUAUUUAAAAUCCGUUACCCGAAACAGAGCGUGGAUUUCCAGUGGAUGUGCACAGAUAUCAAAGAUUUUAAAACUAGAGUAGGAUUAUAUUUCUGCGGAUCUUCUGUACCGCCGGGAAAAUGGCAGACGCAGUGAUGUGGCACACGGUAUUGUUUUUCAUCCUCCUUUCUUCUCGCUCCGUGAUCGCGCAGGUCAGUUACUCCAUACCGGAGGAAAUGGGGAAAGGCUCGAUGGUUGGAAAUAUUGCUCAGGAUUUGGGUUUGGAUAUAAAAAGAUUGAAAUCUGGGAAAGCGCGCAUUUACACGGUGGACAGCACGGAAUAUAUAGAACUGAACAGAGAGAGGGGCUCGCUUCUCGUUAAAGAAAAAAUAGAUCGAGAGUCGCUUUGUGCAAAAAAGACUCCGUGUGCUUUACAUCUACAAAUGAUUCUCGAGAGUCCAAUGGAACGGUACACAAUAACUAUCGAAAUCACGGACACUAAUGAUAAUGCUCCAGUUUUUCCAACGGAGGAAAUUAAUUUUGAAAUAAGCGAGUCGGCUGCACCGGGAGCGAGAUUCAUUUUAGAGAGAGCAAUGGAUGCUGACGUCGGUACUAACGGCCUUCAGAGCUACUCACUUAAACCGACAGAUCAUUUUGUUUUAGAUUUACAAAAUCAGGCUAACUAUGAUAAGAGUCUUGAAAUGAUUUUACAAAAACCCCUCGACAGAGAAAAACAGGAAAUGUUUACUUUGUUAUUAACCGCGACGGAUGGAGGUGAACCGGUUCUGUCUGGUACUGUACAGAUACAUAUUACUGUUCUUGAUGCUAAUGAUAAUGCUCCUGUCUUCUCGCAAAAAUUAUACAGAGCUACAUUAACCGAAAAUGCACCUAGAGGAACCAAAUUAAUUACCGUGCGCGCCUCUGACGCAGAUGAAGGCUCUUAUGGACAGGUAACUUACUACAUGUCAAAAACAGUAGAUCGUUUAUCAGAUUUGUUUACUGUCGACGUAAAUACUGGUGAAGUCAUAUUAAACGGGCAGGUUGACUUUGAAAAAUCGAGCAAUUAUCAGCUCGAAAUUCAAGCAAAAGAUCAAGGAGGACUCUCUGACUCAUGUAAGGUUAUUAUUGAGGUGUUGGAUAUUAACGAUAACACACCAUCGAUUAACAUUCUUUCUUUGUCUAAUACUAUAUCUGAGGAGUCAAAAGCAGAUACUGUUGUUGCAAUGAUCAACGUAAAUGAUCCGGAUUCCGGUGAAAAUGGAAAGGUUCAGUGUAUUAUCAGUGAAAAUAUUCCUUUUACCAUCACAUCUCCGUCCAGGAAUUUCUUUAGCCUGCUCACAGAUCAAGAGCUGGAUAGAGAGAGAGAAGCUGAGUAUAACAUCACUGUGAUUUGCUCUGAUGAGGGAGUUCCCUCACUCUCCAGCAGCACUUCUCUCCGUUUACACAUAUCAGAUGUAAAUGACAACGCGCCUGUGUUUGAGAGAAAGAAUUACGAGGCCUAUGUGGUGGAGAACAACACACCAGGUCUCUCUAUAUUCACAGUGAAGGCCAGUGACGCAGACUCCAAGCAGAAUGCUCGAGUUUCUUAUAUUUUAGAAGAGAGCACUGUCAAUGGAGUUCCGGUAUCAUCAUACGUGUCAGUCAGUGCCGAUAGUGGAGUCAUUAAUGCCGUGCGCUCUUUCGACUACGAGCAGUUAAAGGACUUCCAUUUCCACGUCAGAGCGCAGGACGGAGGCUCCCCUCCACUGAGUAGUAACGUGACAGUAAAAAUUACAAUCCAAGAUCAGAAUGACAACGCUCCUCAGGUUCUCUACCCAGUACAGACUGGUGGCUCUGUGGUGGCUGAGAUUGUGCCUCGUUCAGCAGAUGUCGGCUAUCUGGUCACUAAAGUGGUGGCUGUUGAUGUGGACUCUGGACAGAAUGCCUGGCUCUCCUACAAACUCCAGAAAGCCACAGACAGGGCGCUGUUUGAAGUGGGAGCGCAGAAUGGAGAGAUACGAACUGUGCGCCAGGUCACUGAUAAAGAUGCUGUCAAACAAAAGCUUACUGUAGUUGUGGAGGAUAACGGACAGCCAUCUCGCUCAGCUGUAGUGAACAUCAAUGUAGCUGUAGCGGACACUUUCCCUGAAGUGUUCUCAGAAUUCACCGACUUUACGCACGCCAAACAAUAUAACGAUGACCUCACCUUUUAUUUAGUUUUAGCAUUAGCUGCUGUUUCUUUCCUUUUCAUCACAACUGUAGUAGUAAUAAUAUCAGUAAAGAUCUACAGGUGGAGACAAUCGCGCGCCUUGUAUCACUCCAAUCUCCCAGUUAUUCCAUACUAUCCUCCCGGUUACGCAGACACAGGAGUUACUGGAACUCUCCCGCACAUGUAUAAUUAUGAUGCUUGUAUGACGACUGACUCGAGGAAGAGUAGCUGUAAAUAUUCUACACUUGGAGGACAAAGUGUUUUAGUGAUGGACCCGAGUUUUACAGAGACGAUGCAGCGCACGAUGAAAGAAAAUUUGCUUCUAGAAAAUACUGAAUCUCCUGAAAUGGUAAGCAUUCUUAUUUUAAUAAUUUAACAUUGCACACCAUAAAAUAUUAUAGAAUGACUGGAAAAACUGACUUGACAC